GUGAGAGAGAGAGAUGGUGUUGGGUCGGAUCCCCGGUUUCAGUGCGCGGUUUUAUAAUAAUAAGAAUGUAAGAAUGAAGAACCCGAGCCGGAGUGCGUCUGGCACCGGAAGUGUGUCUGGGCUCAGAGAUACUCGCACCGGAAGUGUGUCUGGGCUCAGAGAUACUCGCACCGGAACUGUGUGUGUAGCCGAGAGAGAGGUCCGGGUUCGAUUCGCCCCGAGUCCCACUGGGUUCCUCCACCUGGGUGGGUUGCGGACGGCGCUCUAUAACUUCCUGUUUGCGAAGCAGCAUGGUGGGACGUUUAUCCUGAGGCUGGAGGACACCGAUCAAUCACGCAUAAUCCACGGGGCAGCACAGGACAUCGAGCACACGCUCGAGUGGGCGGGUAUUCCCCCUGAUGAGAGUGUAUCAAGAGGUGGUGUGUAUGGCCCGUAUGUCCAGUCUGAACGUUUGAGUUUGUAUUCUGCUGCUGCGACGUCUCUGAUAGAAUCAGGCCACGCCUACUACUGUUUCUGCACCAAUCACAGAUUAGAGUUGCUCAAGAAGGAAGCAUUGCGUAGAGGACAGACACCAAGGUAUGAUAACCGGUGCAGACACCUCCAUGCUGAUCAGGUGCAGGAGAACCUGUCUCAGGACAAACCCCACGCCAUUCGUUUUCGUCUCCAUCUGGAGGCGGAGCCAUUUGAGGAUCUGGUGUUUGGUUGGACGGGGCAUGCUGUGGGGGAGGUGGAGGGCGACCCUGUCAUCCUGAAGAACGAUGGAUUCCCCACCUAUCACCUGGCCAAUGUGGUCGAUGAUGCACACAUGAACGUGAGCCAUGUUCUGCGUGGUGCUGAGUGGCUCACCUCCACCUGUAAACACCUACAGCUGUACCGUGCUCUCCGCAAGACUCCACCCACCUAUGCUCACCUGCCGCUACUACUGAACCCAGAUGGAACCAAACUGUCCAAACGGCAGGGGGACAUUUACAUCUCACACUUCAGACAGCAGGGGGCGCUCCCCGAGGCGCUGCUUGACCUCAUCACGAACUGUGGCUCUGGGUUCAACAGUAAUCGUAUUGGCCGAAAUCUGAAUGACUUGAUUAGUGAAUUUAACGUCUCAAAAAUCGUGACACACUCGGCUGUGCUUGAUCUCAGAAAACUCCCAGAAUUCAACAGGGUUCACCUGCAGCAGUGUAUUGAGGAUGAAAAUCAGUGUCGUCUCCUGGUGGAUGAAGUGAAGAAUCUUCUCACACACUCUUACAGUGAUCAGAUACAGGAACAGGAAGUGCUGGAUCACAAUUACAUCUUCAGAGUACUGCACAUGAGGAAGGGUCAUAUCUCAUCAGUGAAAGACCUGCUGUCUCCCAUCUACUCAUACCUGUGGCUCCGCCCCUCUGUAUCCCGGCAACAGCUGGAGGAAAUGAGCUCAGAAUCACAUGAUAUCAUCACUCACAUCAUGCUAGUAAUUAAAGGAUGUAAUGGUGAAUACACUCCUGAGCUCCUCGCAGCUGAACUGAAGCGCAUCACCAAAAAACUCAAGAAAACCAAAUACAGUUCAGUGAUGAAGUUACUGAGACUCGCUCUGACUGGACAACAGCAGGGUCCCAGUGUGGGCGAGAUCAUGGUCUCUCUUGGGGAGGAUGAGGUUUGUUGUCGCCUACAGAGAAUUUUAGAAGUGUAAUUCUACAACCCUGACUCCUUUGGGAGAGCUCGAGAACCCCUGACUCUUUUAGGAGAGCUUGACCCCUGACCCCUUUGGAGAGCUCGAGAACCCCUGACCCCUUUGGAGAGCUCGAGAACCCCUGACCCCUUUGGAGAGCUCGAGAACCCCUGACUCCUUUGGAGAGCUCGAGAACCCCUGACCCAUUUGGAGAGCUCGAGAACCCCUGACCCAUUUGGAGAGCUCGAGAACCCCUGACCCGUUUGGAGAGCUCGAGAACCCCUGACUCCUUUGGAGAGCUCGAGAACCCCUGACCCGUUUGGAGAGCUCGAGAACCCCUGACCCGUUUGGAGAGCUCGAGAACCCCUGACUCCUUUGGAGAGCUCGAGAACCCCUGACCCAUUUGGAGAGCUCGAGAACCCCUGACUCCUUUGGAGAGUUCGAGAACCCCUGACCCCUUUGGAGAGCUCGAGAACCCCUGACCCCUUUGGAGAGCUCGAGAACCCCUGACUCCUUUGGAGAGUUCGAGAACCCCUGACCCCUUUGGAGAGCUCAAGAACCCCUGACCCCUUUGGAGAGCUCGAGAACCCCUGACUCCUUUGGAGAGUUCAAGAACCCCUGACUCCUUUGGAGAGCUCUAUAACCCCUGACUCCUUUGGAGAGCUCUAGAACCCCUGACCCUUUGGAGAGUUAGAGAACCCCUGACCCUUUGGAGAGCUCUAGAACCCCUGACCCUUUGGAGAGCUCUAGAACCCCUGACCCUUUGCAGAGUUAGAGAACCCCUGACCCUUUGGAGAGCUCGAGAACCCCUGACUCCUUUGGAGAGCUCUAGAACCCCUGACCCCUUUGGAGAGUUCGAGAACCCCUGACUCCUUUGGAGAGCUCUAGAACCCCUGACCCCUUUGGAGAGUUCGAGAACCCCUGACCCCUUUGGAGAGUUCGAGAACCCCUGACCCUUUGGAGAGCUCUAGAACCCCUGACCCUUUGGAGAGUUCGAGAACCCCUGACCCCUUUGGAGAGUUAGAGAACCCCUGACCCUUUGGAGAGUUCGAGAACCCCUGACUCCUUUGGAGAGCUCUAGAACCCCUGACCCCUUUGGAGAGCUCUAGAACCCCUGACCCUUUGGAGAGCUCUAGAACCCCUGACCCCUUUGGAGAGUUAGAGAACCCCUGACCCUUUGGAGAGUUCGAGAACCCCUGACUCCUUUGGAGAGCUCUAGAACCCCUGACCCCUUUGGAGAGCUCUAGAACCCCUGACCCUUUGGAGAGCUCUAGAACCCCUGACCCCUUUGGAGAGUUAGAGAACCCCUGACCCUUUGGAGAGUUCGAGAACCCCUGACUCCUUUGGAGAGCUCUAGAACCCCUGACCCCUUUGGAGAGCUCUAGAACCCCUGACCCCUUUGGAGAGUUAGAGAACCCCUGACCCUUUGGAGAGCUCUAGAACCCCUGACCCCUUUGGAGAGUUCGAGAACCCCUGACCCCUUUGGAGAGCUCGAGAACCCCUGACCCCUUUGGAGAGCUCGAGAACCCCUGACCCUUUGGAGAGCUCUAGAACCCUGACAGACUCGGUGGUUUGGGGAAACUCCACAGCUCAGAUGAUUUCGGAUUUUUCUGAUUGAGCUGCAUUUUCUUUGUUUUUUCCAAAAUAAAAAUCUGUUUGAUCUGUAAA